AUAACUAUUAUCUUUAAAUCCUACCAAGACUGUACAGAUCAGAAAGUAUACCAAGCAGUGACUGAUGAUUUGCCUGCAGCUUUUGUUGAUGGCACAACAAGUGGAGGUGAUGGGAACACCAAGAGCUUGCGAAUUGUGGAGAAACUCAGUGGCAAAUAUGUCGAAAUGCACGCCAAGUAUAUUGGGACCACAGUGUAUAUACGCCAGCUUGGGCACUACUUAACAUUGGCCAUUCGCAUGCCUCAAGAGUUGGUGAUGGCCUACGAGGAGAGCCAGGAUCUGCAGCUGUGUGUGAACGGUUGCCCUUCAACUGAACGUAUUGAUGAUAGUAGCCAUUUACCAUUGUCUGUGAUGGGGCAGUUGCUCCCUCAGGGUGGUGCUGCUCAUCCGAGGUCAGUGUACACACUGGAAACUGCCAUCACCAAAUGCCAUGAGAAGAUGCUGGUGAAGGACAUCUAUUUUUACUCAUGUGUAUUUGACCUACUCACCACUGGUGAUGCUAACUUCACGGCUGCGGCUCACAGUGCCUUGCAGGAUGUGCAGGCUCUGCACCCCAGAAAAGAACACUGGCAUAUCUUUCCCAGCAGUGGACAUGGUGGCGUGGGCAAGGGUAGCAAAUUCUUUGUCCAUCUUGGACUUGUGUGCUUGAUCCUUCUUGCUUUUUUGUAGGGUUU